AUCUGGAACUGUAUGCAGACGUGCGCAGCUCCAGAGCUCCAUCUAUCCGUUCCUUGCAAGUCUUGAGAGGUGUGUCUGCGAGGCGGGGGGAGUGUGGGGGAAAAAAGGUCUUUCCUGGUUCUUAGCCUUUAUAGAUUUUAGGAAGAAAGUAUAAAUAUAUCUGGCUAGGCGAUAGGCUCGCAGAGACGAACGCCGAAGUACUGCUAAAAAGCAAGCCUGUUCGUUACAAUGGCCAGCUCUGAUAGCUGUCACUGUAGCGGCAGAAAGCAAAACAGCAUCCUCUACAGCAUUUUGAAAAAUGACAGCCAAGCCGAAAUACAACAGCACCAGACUCUUCAGCAGCAGGUUUGCUCUUGCGGAUCUAAGAAAAACGUAGCUCUUACAUGUCCGCAGGUCACCUGCAAGGCUGCCUCUGCUGUUUUGGUAAAGACGCUGAAGUUUAUUAAGAACCUGCCGUGCUUUCAGGAGCUGCCCGCAGAAGAUCAGUUGGUACUGGUUCGCAACUGCUGGGCACCGCUUCUGGUUCUUGGAUUGGCACAAGACCGCGUGGACAUUGAGACUAUAGAGACCCCAGAACCAAGUAUGUUACAAAAGAUUUUAACUGGAGGGCAGGAAGACUCUAGAGAAUCUCUCCAGGUGAACGAGCAGCAUAUCUCGACGACAAAGAUCCAAGAUAUAAAGUUUUUUUUAAGCAAGUGCUGGGCUCUGGACAUUAGUACAAAGGAAUAUGCUUAUCUCAAAGGGGCAAUCCUGUUUAAUCCAGAUCUGCCAGGUCUGCGCCAUACAACUUACAUUCAAGGACUGCAGAGCGAAGCACAGCGGGCGCUAAACGAGUAUGUCAGAAUGAUCCACCGGGAGGACCUUACAAGAUUUGGAAAACUGAUCAUUGCUCUGUCUUUGCUCCGUUCCUUCAGCCCUAAUGUUGUGACUGAACUGUUUUUUAGACCGAUCAUUGGGAACGUGAAUAUGGACGAUUUACUCCUAGAGAUGUUUUAUGCCAAAUAAACUCUUGAUGUACCGGAGAUAAAGUUUGUUGUAUAAAAACAGUUAUGAGCGCUUAAAAAGCUCACGUUUACUUAACUUAAAUCUUUUUACAUAGACGUUAUUUUUGUAUAUCAAAUAAAAAUUUUUA